CCGCCCAGCUUCCUCCUCCUGUUGGCGGCGGCGAGAAUCCAACAUGGAGUAAAGGCAGCGAUGGGGCUCGGACGGGGCCGCCGGCUGCUGGUGCCGUGGAGGAGGCGCCCGGGCGCACCGGACGACAAGGCGCCCACGCCGCGCUGCCUCCCCGCGCGCUGAGCCCGCCUGCCCCGACCAGGCCUUCGAGGGGGGGGGCGGGCCACCGGCCCCCCGCCUGCCUGCCUGCCUUCUCCAUCCCUGCCCCCCAGGCGGCCUUCCCCGCCGCCCGUCCCGUCCUCUCCCCGCUCUUCUCUCGCGCGCUCCCCGCAUCUCUCCCGGCGAUGUGAAGCCCCGGGAAGAUGAGGAAGAGGCGCGCAGCCCCCCAGGCGGCUGGCGGAGGGGGAUGAGCUCCGACGGGGAGAAGAUGACCGAAGAAGCCCACCCCGACGAAUCUCAGACCAACCCUCCAAUAAAUAGAGAGAAGAGUUUUUGCUGGUCCACAUCUUCCACUUCCACUUCCAGAAACAUGACCAAGGCAAUACCAGAGGUGUGUCUAUUAGAGGACCUGUCUUCCUCCGGGCAUCUAAGCUUUAUAUAUUCUAGAAGAGUGACAGCUAUAUUGUGAGAGUCAAAGCUGUGGUUAUGACCCGAGAUGACUCAAGUGGAGGAUGGUUGCCGCAAGAAGGAGGCGGUCUCAGUAGAGUUGGUGUCUGCAAGGUCAUGUGCUCAGAGGGCAAUGGAAGAAGUGGGUUUCUGAUCCACGGAGAAAGGCAAAAAGACAAGCUGGUGGUAUUGGAAUGCUAUGUGAAGAAGGACUUGGUCUACACUAAAGCAAACCCUACAUUUCAUCACUGGAAGGUCGACAACAGAAAGUUUGGGCUCACUUUUCUAAGCCCCGCUGAUGCGCGAGCAUUUGAUAGAGGUGUGAGAAAAGCCAUUGAAGAUCUCAUGGAAGGAUCUACAACUUCGUCCUCAACAAUCCACAAUGAGACUGAAGUUGGAGAUGACGAUGUCUUUACAAAUGCUACAGACAGCUCCUCUAAUUCUUCUCAGAAGAGGGAGCAGCCUUUGCGAACACCGGCGUCUCCUCCAUCCUGUGAGCACCACAGAAUUUGCACCCGGGGACAUUUGCACGACCAGUUUAACCCUGACCAGUAUCAUCUAGAACAAUCCAUCCCACGAUCCUAUCGGCACGUCAGCUUCCCGGACGACGACGAGGAGAUUGUGCGGAUUAACCCACGAGAAAAGAUCUGGGUGACAGGUUAUGAGGACUACCGCCACACCCCCAUGCGGGAGAAGUACAUUGAUGCGGACGAUGGGGACUCGUAUGUGCGAUUUGCCAAAACCGAGGCCUCCAAACACGAUUACAAUUACCCUUACGUGGGCAACUCUGACUUCGAUCUGUGCGAAGACAUCAAGGGCGCUGUGGUUAAGACUCAGCCUGCCAGGUGCAAAUCGCGGCGGCGAAAGGAGGAUGGGGAGAGGUCUAGGUGCGUCUACUGCAGGGACAUGUUCAACCACGAGGAGAACAGGCGGGGUCAGUGCCAGGAUGCUCCAGACAGAAUAAAAAGUUGCAUCCGCCAAGUCAGCUGUAUGUGGUGUGCGGACAGCAUGCUCUAUCACUGUAUGUCUGACCCAGAAGGAGACUAUACAGACCCUUGCUCUUGCGAUACCAGUGAUGACAAGUUUUGCCUCCGGUGGUUGGCCCUUAUCGCCUUGUCCUUCCUUGCCCCCUGUAUGUGCUGUUACCUGCCCCUUCGGGCUUGCUAUCACUGUGGGGUCAUGUGCAGGUGUUGCGGUGGGAAACACAAAGCAGCCGGAUGACAACACCCGAAGCUUUCCCCUUUUAGCUAAGGAGCAUCUUGGUCCGGAGCGUUCUCAAUUUUUACGUACGUCGUCACACGGCCCAAGGAGACUGACAAGAGUUCAGAAACCGGUGGGCUCGUCCCUCCUCCUCUUCCCCCUUCUUUCUCUCCCCUUCCCACUCGGCUGCUAUGCAUUGAUUGCUCACUGAGUUCUAACAGACUGAUGUGCAGCAUAAAAGACUUUUGUAUUAUUGAUCUGUAAUCAAGCAAGAAUGUCUUGUACAUGUUUAUACCUCCCCUCUCCCUUUCCCCUCAGUUGAAUGGUUGAGUGUGGUGGACUUUCAGAACUUAUUACGGCUGUAUCUGUAUUUAGCAACCUAUCGACACAUGUGGAAAUAAGGUAUAAUGAAAUCCCACUUUAAAUUGUGUUCAACUUGCAGCCAGUAAGUGUGUGUGUGUGUGUGUGUGUGUGUGUGUGUGAGAGAGAGAGAGAGAGAGAGAGAGAGUGUAUAGAAAUUGUGCUAAUAACAAAUGUGUACCAUGACACAGUAUCGCUGACAAUCUUUAUUGUGAGAAUUUUGAGUCCAUCCGUUCUUUUGACAGUUGCUUUGAAUGAUUUCUCUGAUCACCAAGUAUUCAAGCAAAAUGUGGGAAAUGAGCCUUAGUAUCACCUGUAUGACAUUUGUGAAUCUGAGAACUUGUGUUUCAGACCAAUUUUACACGUGAAAGGGAAACCCUUAAGUGUCUUCUCUCUUCUCCCCUCCCCCCACACCACCACCUUAGUCUUUCUCCUCCAAAUAACAUUGGAAAUUAUAGCUUUAGUGUUGGUAUUCUUCACAGUGGAAAUACUCCUCUAUCCUACAGUGUUUCUAUUUGAAACAAAGGGGGAAUUUCACAAGUUACUAAAUUAGCAGGUACACUCGCGUGCUUGUGGUGUACCUUGAAACAUAUGAGGGAACAUAGUUGUCUUUUAUUUUUAUGUUUAUUUUAACCAUGUCUACAGUCUUGUGUACUAAGGAUGGGUGACAAUUCUGCUCUCUCUAGAAUCCAGGAGCAUUUGGGGAAUGGAUCUGGGGCCCUGUGUUUUUCCAGCGUUUCCAAACCAACCUGGGAAUACAGGGGAGCCUCCCCAGCCGGCAGGAGCUGGUCUGUGCAAAGUGUUUUCAUUUGUGCUUUGCCUGCCUCUCCCUGCCUUGGAGGCCUUUCGGACCAGGUGAGGGUGUUUUGAAACUCCUCCUGGACCACUUCCAAGCUUUUUGGACAGAGGGAAAAACACCACCGCCUGCAUCUGAGACUGUCAGGUGCGGCUGUGGAUCCAGCACCACGACAGGCAUCCUAUCAUCACAGCAUUUGACAAUCACCUGGGCGCAGGUAAGGGCGUGGCUUCUCUUUUUCAUUAUUCAGUUUUCCUCAGAAGGCCUACAGGAAUCUGAAGGGGGGAAAAGUGAAGUUGACAAACAGUCUGGAGAAGCCUAGUAAAAGUUUUUGAGCUAAUCACUUUCACUGGGAUUCUCUAAGCCAGCUGUAGAGAAAUAUGUGUGUGUCAGUUUCAAGAAAGCUUUAACGUUGCUGCGCAUUGCAGGCUCUCUUUCUUCCACCUUUUUUUCCCCCAAGUGCAUUGGUGAAAUUGACCGAUAAAGGAUCUCCCCCCACCUGGGCAGCAAGUCUCUUCCAUCCCCCAAGCCUUUGGAUCUGCAAAGUAGGCGCGCUUGCAGUGUGGGCACGAAUAAUUCCUGGUGGAUUUAAUGCGCAGAUAGGAAGCAGAAAGUACCGAGGGGGGAAAUGUGCUAUGGUGUUACCAGGGUUUUCCAUGGUGUGGCCUGAUCUGACCCCCCAGUUCUGUCUGCUGUGCAGACUGCAGGAUCCGCCCGGGGUCAGCAGAGGGUCGUGCCUUUUUCUGCUUCCAAAUGCACUGAACCAGCAUAUUUGGGAUCUGCAGAGAACCCAGGGCAGACAUCCCUUAGGCCAGAGCUGGGUCAGUCCCAGGCACCCGGUCACCUUGGUGCCUUCAAACCAAACACUAGGAACAUUGAAGCAUUCCCCCCCAGCCCUGCCCUAAAUUAGAGGCAGGCCCUGCGGAAAUCAGUGGGUGCCCCAACAUGGAAAGGCAGUUGAUUUCGGUAGUACCUGGUGGUGCAUAAAACGUGCUUUGCAGGAUCUGUACCUUCUAACAGGCUGCUUCUUUCUUGGUUGUGAAAUGCGCACAGUAGGGUGACACGAUGCUUUUGACUUUGUGUGGGUUUGCUUUUCUUCUUCGAAGCCAUGUCUUGUGUACAAGGCUUGUAAUUAUCUGGGGAAAUAAUAAUAUUUUUCUAAUAUAUGACAUGGAAUGGCCAUUUUUUUUUAUUCAAAGGAAUAGUGUAGAGCAGUUUAGCUAUAAUAUAGCAUAGUACAAUCUGAGUAAUCCGAGGCAGCUAGAGGCACCGGCUUGUGAGAACUGGCGCUGCUGUUUCUGCCAUAAUCUUUUUUCCGCAGCCAAGUGCCGGUGAGUGCGUGCCCUUGCCCCCCCCCCUCCUUCUUGCACAUUGACAUGAGUCUUAAAGGAAGAGGAACUGAAUUUUAUUUUAUUUAUUUUAUUGCCAAAUAGAUGCAAAGAGCGACACGCUUGCCACACUCCUUGUGAAAACGGGCCACAAGGAUUCACCACAGCUUUUUGUCACAUAUGCAAUGGGUGUGUGUGGCGUAUGUUACAGUUGAAACCUGGAGCUUGAGGAGGUCUGCUUACACUCAGGCACUGACCUAAUGAUUUGAUUACGAGCUUUUCUGUUUGGUUUUUAAACUCCUGGGCACAUGGCGGCACCCAUUGAGCCAACCCAGAAACUCGUGGGCCAGGAUCCAGGGCCAUUUGGCAAAGCAAUUAUUUGCAAAAACAGACCCUGCACCCUACCCUCUUUCCACCAGACAAGCCACUGUCGUGAAACUCAGGGGACCUUCAGGAGCAGUUUCGGAAACCAAGCGGGGAGACCUUUGGGGUGGAGGUGGGGGGUCUGUGUUGAAACUUGAACAUUCCUAGGGACUUCUGCGGGCUCCUUCUUGCCUUCGCAGCAUAGAAGCGACUGGAGCACAGCCCUUUCCCCACUCACCACAAAGGCACAGCCAUAAGCUCCCACGCCAGGGGGGGUAGGGGUGGGAAUUUGUGUUGGAGCUCCUCCCCAUGCCAAUAAUUACCCUUGUUUCUGGGAGGAGCUGCAGCAUGGGCUCUUCCCAGGUGGCUUGGGACUUCCCACAUUACCUUUUCUCAAAGGCAAUGGAAAGAUGGCCCCAGGUAUCAUCAUUGACCAGAGAGAUUAAGCAUGCAUAUUUUUCUGAUGUGCUAGUCUAUUAGGCUUAUUAAGCAGGUAAAAAAAAAAAUAAUAAUCUGCAACCUGCAGUGAUACAGUCUAAAAUUCUAUAUAAUGUGGAGAUUGGCUGUGUGAUCUCUCAAGUUCAUAUUUUGGUAUUCAAGAUUUGGGAUUUGUCUGUAACAUAUAUAACGUAGGCUUCAAUGUUUUUGCAUUGGUUAGGUUUUACGUUUGUAAAUGUAAAUGGACUGCUAAAUGGCAAGGGAAGUUUUUCAUUUUCAUUUAUUUUAUUUUAUUUUGUAAACUCGUGGAAAGAAUAAAUAUUUUGUGCCUAAUAGCAAAUGACAAAUCGCUGUAAAUGGUGACUAGCAAACAUCAUGCCAGCCUCAAAAUAAAAGAAUAACAAAGUGAUGGGGACAGUAUUUUGGUUUUGCAAGUUGUUCCGCUAUUCUGAAUUUCUGUAAGGUCUCCCCCCCCCCAAAAGCACAACAC